CAAACACCACUAUUUUCCUUGUAAAAAAAUUAUGAGCCAUAACUUCUUCUUCUUCCACAAGUCUCCUCAAUGCAUAACAGCUCAAACCCUAAUUCCUUCAUACAACCAUUUUGUCUCUGGUGAUGGAAAAAAUGUUUCAUCUUCUUCUUUUCAAAUUCACUGCCAAUCUAAACAGCGGAAGAAGCUACGGCUACGCCACUCCUCCCACGGCGUGAAAGCCAGCUUGUUUACCUCCAGUCAGAAGCCAGUUUCCGUUAAGGCGGUCAUUACGGUGAUCGAGAAGGUGGGCGCUGCCCUCACCCACCUCGGCUUGAGCCGAGGCCUCGACGAAAUAGCCGACUUGCUCGGUAGAACCAUACUUGUCGAGCUCGUUGCAGCAGAUCUCGAUUCUAAAUCUGGAUUGGAGAAGCCUACAGUGCAAGCAUAUGCACGUAAAAUUGGGAGUGAUGACAAUUCGACCUUCUACGAGGCCACUUUUGAAAUCAAAGAGGAUUUUGGAGAGAUGGGUGCCGUUCUAGUUGAUAACGAACACCAUCGAGAAAUGUAUGUUAAGAGCUUUGCUUUGGAUGGAUUUCCCUCUGGUGCUAUCCUUAUCAACUGUGAUUCUUGGGUUCAACCCAAAUUCGAUAACCAUACCAAGAGAGUCUUCUUUUCAAACAAGUCAUACUUGCCAUUCCAAACUCCAAGCGGGGUGAAGAUAUUGAGGGAGAAAGAGCUCCAAAUUCUUCGAGGAGACGGCCAAGGAGAGCGCAAGACCUCCGAUAGGAUCUAUGAUUACGACGUCUACAACGACCUCGGUGACCCAGACAACGACAAAGACUCGUCCCGCCCCAUCAUCGGCGGCCCCACUCAUCCCUAUCCUCGCCGCUGCAGAACCGGCCGCCCAAGAACUAAAAAAGAUCCAUUAUCCGAGUCUAGGUCCUCCGACGUGUACGUACCACGAGAUGAAGCAUUUUCCGAAAUAAAGCAAGCCACAUUCAAUGCGAAAACUGUCUACUCAGUGGUUCAUGCUCUCGUGCCAUCGCUCAAGACUACACUGGCCGACCCGGAUCUCGGAUUUCCAUUCUUUUCGGCUAUAGACACUUUGUUCAACGAAGGAGUCGCGCUCCCGGAUAUUCCCACCACCGGCUUCCUCGGCAACAUUGUGCCUAGGCUUGUAAGAGCAAUCGAGGACACUGGCAACAGCGUCUUGCGCUUUGAAACUCCCGAGUUCGUUGACAGAGACAGGCUUGCGUGGUUUAGGGAUGCUGAAUUUGCUCGACAAACUCUAGCCGGCAUCAAUCCAUGUGCCUUACAGUUGGUCACGGAAUGGCCGUUGAAGAGUAAACUUGAUCCUGAGGUGUAUGGACCGCCGGAAUCAGCAAUCACCACGGAACUCGUAGAACAAGAUAUUAGAGGAUUCUGUACAAUCGAGGAGGCAUUAAAACAGAAGAAACUUUUUGUCCUAGAUUACCAUGAUCUACUAUUGCCUUUUGUGAAAAGGGUAAGAGAGCUCAAGGGGAGAACUCUCUAUGGAUCGAGGACGCUCUUCUUCUUGAUGCCAUCGGGCACAUUAAGGCCAAUAGCCAUCGAGCUGACUCGGCCAAAGAUGGACGACAAGCCCCAAUGGAAGCAUGCAUUUAACCCAAGUUGGGAGCCUACUGGCAUCUGGUUGUGGAGGCUCGCUAAAACCCACGUCCUUGCUCACGACUCCGGUUAUCAUCAGUUGAUCAGUCAUUGGCUACGAACUCACUGUUGUACCGAGCCUUACAUAAUUGCGACACACAGACAACUAAGUGCAAUGCAUCCGAUUCAUAGAUUGCUACAUCCUCAUCUACGAUACACAAUGGAGAUUAAUGCAUUGGCUCGUCAGUCACUCGUAAACGCAAAAGGGAUCAUUGAGGGUUGUUUCUCCCCCGGGAAGUACUCCGUAGAGUUGAGCUCCGCUGCCUACGACCAGCUUUGGCAAUUUGACUUACAAGCAUUGCCAGCAGACUUAAUUAACAGAGGAAUGGCCGUGGAGGAUCCAACCGCGCCUCACGGCCUAAAGCUGACGAUUGAGGAUUAUCCUUAUGCAAACGACGGUUUACUUAUAUGGGAUGCCAUCAAGCAAUGGGUUACAGACUACGUUCCACACUUCUACCCUGAACCAAACCUCAUACAGUCGGACACCGAGCUUCAGGCCUGGUGGACGGAAAUAAGAACAGUAGGGCACGGUGAUAAGAAGGACGAACCCUGGUGGCCUGAGCUCAAAACACCUGACGAUCUGAUCGGAAUUCUAACAACAAUUAUAUGGAUAGCUUCAGGUCACCAUGCAGCAGUGAACUUUGGGCAGUUUGACUAUGGAGCAUACUUUCCGAAUAGGCCUACUGUGGCUCGAUCCCCAAUGCCUAUAGAAGAACCGAGCCCAGCGGAUAAGAAGAAGUUUAUGGAAAGGCCCGAGGCGUUCCUUCUAGAGUGUUUCCCUUCACAGGCUGAAGCAACAACGGUGAUGACGAUCUUAGAUGUUUUGUCCAACCAUUCUCCUGAUGAAGAGUACAUUGGGGGUGAAGCUGAGGCUUGUUGGGCAGAGGAUAAAGUGAUUAAAGCUGCUUUUGAACGUUUCCACGGGAAGUUGGUGGAGAUUGAAGGGAUGAUUGAUGCAAGAAACGCGGAUGAGAAGCUGAAGAAUAGGUCGGGGGCUGGAGUGGUGCCGUAUGAGCUUCUAAAGCCAUAUUCUGGGCCUGGUGUUACUGGAAAGGGUGUUCCAAAUAGCAUAUCUAUUUAGUCAUUUCUAUCUUAUAUUAACGAACUGUUUAAUUUGAUUUGAAUAAGAGAUCAUCAAUUUAAUAAA